UAGAAACUGACACAAAUAUAAAAAAAGUAACGAGUCAGAAGCAGUGACAGUAACUUAAUACAGUAGAAGAGAAGAAGUAAAACUGAGCUUCCAUAUUAUGUUUUUAGUAGCAAAACCUUGUUGUUCCUUUCUACAUGUUCCUCUCGAUUAUGAUUUGAAUUCCACAAUCCGAAACGUCGUCGUUAGAUGCAGUCGGAGCAGCGUUCAGAAUGUUGAAUUAUUGAAAGUAGCGAAGAGGGUGGUGCUUGUUAGGCACGGACAGAGCACGUGGAACGCCGAAGGGAGAAUCCAAGGCAGUUCUGAUUUCUCCGUUCUUACUAAUAAAGGAGAGUCUCAGGCAGAGACUUCACGCCAAAUGCUCAUCAACGACAAUUUCGAUGUUUGUUUCGCGAGUCCUUUGGCACGAUCUAAGAGAACAGCUGAAAUCAUUUGGGGACCUCGCCAACAACUCAUUAUUCCCGAGUUCAAUUUAAGGGAAAUAGAUUUGUACUCCUUUCAAGGUCUGUUGAAGCAUGAGGGAAAAGCGAGAUUUGGUUCUUCUUAUCAACAAUGGCAGGUUGAUGCCGCAAAUUUCGUCAUUGACGGUCAUUAUCCCGUGAGAGAGCUGUGGGAUCGCGCUAGGAGCUGCUGGACUAAAAUCCUAGAUCAUGAUAGCAGGUCUGUUCUUGUGGUUGCUCACAAUGCUGUUAAUCAGGCUCUUAUUUCCACAGCAAUUGGUUUAGGGGAAGAGUACUUCAGAACUUUACUUCAGAGCAAUUGUGGUGUAAGUGUGCUGGAUUUCACCCCGAGAUCGGAUGGUGUCUCUCCCCUUAUUUCCCUCAACCGCUUAAACCAGACGCCUGGUUCACCUGUUGCUGGAGGGAAAUCUGGAGGUAGAGAAGCAAGUAAGCGGAUCAUACUCGUUUGUAACGGAUCUACUCAGGGAAAUACAGAGGUAUCUAAACGAACUACCUUACUACAACAGGAUGGUUUUCUUUUUGUCGGUGAUCAGCCGUUGAACAUGCUUGGCGUUAUACAGUCCCAGAAAUCUGCAGAGCUACUUCUUGAUUUGAAAGUGAGUUCCAUAAUUAGCAGUCCUAACAAAUCUUGUAUUGAGACAGCCACAGCCAUAUCCCAGGUACAAGAAGCAGCAGAUUGCUUGGGUGCUGAUUCUGUGCCACGAUAUGUUGAGAUGAAGCAGAUGGAGAACCUUGAUAUUGAAACUAUCUUUAAACAAUCCAAAAUGGAUAUUUCGAGUUUCCCAGCAUUUCAGCCCGGGUGGUUAAAUAAAGUUGAAGAUGAAUUGAUAACAAAAUUAUGGGACCAAUCUGGAAAAGCCUGGAAAUCCUUGUUGGAUGAAAUAUCUGAUGAAUCUAGGUCCGGAGAAAUUGUAGUUGCAGUUAGUCAUCCUGCUAUUCACAUAGCACUAAUGGCGCACUGCCUUAACUUGACCAAGGAAUGGCUGGGAUCGUUUCAUCUCGAUGCAGGGAGCGUUAGCGUCCUUGACUUCCCCGAUGGACCUAAGGGAAGAGGCGUAAUCGGAUGCGUAAAUUAUACUGCACAUUUGGGGAGAUGGUCCAUCCCUAUUACAAGGUCAACAUACGAUGUUGAAGAGGUUUAGCUGUGUACUCAGUUCUUAAUCUAUGAAAACCAAAUAUUUCAGUGAAUGUGACCUACAAUGGACAAAGUAUAUAUAUAUAUAUAUAUGUAUAUAUAUUCUUCCUGGGUUAAGAUAUACCACUUCAAGACAUAAUUUCUUCUUGUUGUGUUUAUAAAAGAUAAUUUGAGCUUAUAUGAUUAUCACAUACAAUCAUGUCAUUUUUAUACGAUGUUUUCAGUUUAUUUUCA